AGCAAGCAAAUCCCCAAACGGUGUCGUCCCCUACCCCCACCGUAAAAUCAAAAAAAGAACCCACCCCCAAAAUCCAAACCCUAACCGGAAAACUGAGAGAGAGAGAGAGAGAAUGUCAGGUUAUGAGAAUGUGGUUGGGGGAAAGCUGAAGCUGAAGGGAAAAGCCCUGGAUGUGAAGGCUGGUGGACUGAAGAAGAAAAAGAAAAACAAGAAACGUCAGGAUCAGAUUUCAGAGGUUACAGAAAAUGAGCUUCCACCAGGUGAAAGUGCAGAGCUAUCCAUUGAUCCUAACGAGGAAGAUGUAGAUGAUGCCAAAAAAAUGAGUGGCGAUGGGAAGACUGUUCAUUGUGAUGAUCAUCUCACUCCUGCAGAAAGGCGAUAUAUUGAACAGAGGGAGCAAAUUGAUGUUCAUAGAUUAGCUAAGGUAGCUAAUAAAUCUCACCGUGACAGGAUUCAGGAUUUCAACCAGUAUCUGGCAAACAUGAGUGAGCAUUAUGACAUUCCUAAAGUUGGUCCAGGAUGAUUCAAGCAAGUUUAUGAGUAUGAAGAAGGAUCAACCUUUCAUGUCAGUGCUAUGUAUACAAUGUGGUUCUUGUCAACAGUAUUUUUUAUUUGGUCAUAUUGUGCUAUAUGGCAGAUGAUUUUCUGUUUGGUGGUUCCUUUCUGUUCUGGAACUUGAUUAGAAGUUGCUCUCUAUGAAAUUUGCAUUUGCAAGAAAAA